AUGUCCCAGGCCACGUGCCUGUGCCGCCAAGCCUCGCUGGGGUGGUUGGGGAAUCCUGAAGAAUCAAAAGAAGCGAGAAAAUACUUGUAUAGGUUGAAUAAGGCCUAUGGACUCCGGCCUCCUCAGACCCCCCCUCCCCCCCCACCCCUGCCGCCCGAAAACAAUGCUACCAAAGAGCCGGUCACUGUGACUGUCAAUGUGAAGCUCUAUACGUACGCGCCACCAGCAAAAGGCAGCAAAGCAAAGCCGAGGAAGGAAUCGAAGAACAAGAAGUUUGAUCACCUCUUCGAGAAGGGGGAAAGCGCGCACAUGAAGCUCAUCAAGGAGAUCCUUGCCGUCUUCAAGAUCACGCAUCUGAAUAUCAGUGAGAAGCCUUGCAUCCUGAAGCUCAGCGCACCGGGAGUUCGCGCUGAAGCGUGUGCAAUCAGCCUGGAGGAUGUCACAGAGUAUGACUUUGUUCCCACCAUUUCCGCGUUCAUCAAUAUGCAUGACCUUGAGAAGAAGUUGAAGAAGGUCCGCAAAAACAACACUAAUACGUCGGAUGACAGCAAUGCAGACUCGGAAGAUGACGUGGAUGUGGGGCCGUUGCCCAGCAUGCCUGCCACCUCGCAGUCCAGCUUCACCCGCAAUGACAACGAUAAGUUCAUCAAGUACCUUCGUGAUCAUAAGGGAGAGGCCGGCGAUGGCGGCAACUUCAAGAAGGUGUUCUGGCACUCGAUGGUGCCAUACAUGGAGCAGUACAGGACGCGAGGGGCCCCGAAGUCUGCCACUUCUUUGAAGAACAAGUGGAACUGGCACCGCGCGCAGUACAAGGCGAUCAAGCUUAUCCAGUCGCCGUCGGGCUGGGGGGCAUACGAUGAAGAGCAGGGCGCCGGCGUGAACGCGGAUACUCAAGAUUCAUGGACCGAGUUCACGGCUCGCCACCCCGAGUGCAAGCCAUACGCGCGCACAAGAGGUAUCCGUGGUUUGACGAGGUGCGUUUUUUUUGCCGUCUUUUGCUGCGAUCGAUCUGAUCAAUGUCAACAGGGUGCGAGCUUGGGCGACGAUCAGCCCUCGCAGGACGCGGAUGCGGAUGCCGACGCCACGAUGGAGGAGGAGGAGGAGGAGAAGGAGCUGCCGCAGGCGAUGGGCGAGGAGGAGGAUGAUGGGUUCGUGAUCAUUGAGUCUGAUCGCCACAAGCUUUUGGGCUCGCAGAACGUCAAUACCACGACCUCAUCGUCACACAACACUGCCCCCAAGCCCUCGUCAUCGGCCGCCACGCAUGGCUCCACUGCCGCCGCGGCCACCACCUCUUCGAAGCGCCGCCAGCCCGCGUCGGCCUCCUCGGCCCUCAAGCGCACGUCCCGCGUCCCUCCCAGCGUCACCGUGAUGCAGGGGAUGGUCGACCAGCUCAGCGCCUUCAACACCACCUUCCGCGACUCGUUUGGGCCGCCCCCGUCAUCUGGCCUGCCCCCCACCCCCGUUUGUCGUCGUGACUGUGCAGCAUGUGUCGAGGAGGAGGAUUGGAUGACGGCCGAGGCGCAGGCCUUUUUCUCGAUGAUCCUCGAGAAGGACACUCCGGCUAUGGACACCUACAUGGGGAAGAAGGGGGAGGAGUCACGUAAGGCAUAUGUCAAGCUCAAGCUUCAGGAGCACUCGUACUGGAGCCCUCCGGAGAAGGAUGUGAUUUCCAAUAUGUUUUCUUCUGACUUCUAA